CACAUCAGGUAGUUCAAUCUCUAUCACUGUGAAAAAGCUAACAAGAAAUAAACAAACAAGGACUUGGGAAAGAAUACAGUGUUAGCUUAAGGACGAAGAUCAGGACAAGAUGUUAUGGAAGAAGUAUAUGGUUCUGUUUGGUGUUUUCCUAAUUAACAUCCCCAACGGUGUCACGUGGUACUAUGGCAACCUGUUCUCUUACACGGCCUGCGUGUUUAAGCGGUACCAAAAGUCCAACGUCGAGUCGCCAUGGCUGAUGUCUGUGGAGGUGGGCUGCUGGACUCUGGGCAUCAUCCUUGGUGGUCUGUUGGAGGCCCACGUCGGACCGCGGUGGACCAUGUUUAUUGGUGCCCUGUUCUUCAACGCUUCCUUCUUCCUCACCUACCUCACGGUGCAGCAUAGCCUGGUGACCUUUAUCCUGACACUCGGUGUCAUGUCAGGUCUGACGGAUGGGAUCCUGAAUUCUGCGAGCCUGUCUUUUGUUGUCAUGUGGGCCAAGACACAUGUGGGCCUUGCCACGGGGAUAGCCACAAGCAGCCUGGGUGUGGGGGCUGUGUUCAUUAACCUCAUCAUUACCAGAUUUGUAAAUCCGGACAACGAGAUACCGGACAAAAGAGACGGACAUUUGCGGAUAUUUACGCAGGAAGACAUAUUGGAACGCGUGCCCUUGGUGUUUUUAAUCCUGGGGUGUGUCGGCUCUCUGUUUCACACCCUCGGUUUCGCUUUGUUACGGUAUCCGGAGAGAGAUGACGUCAACAGGUCGGUGAACGAGAGGAGCCGACUAUCCAGUGACACGGCCAGAGGAUACAGUACACACAGAGGCGUUCAUGUUAUCAGAAGCAUCUCGCGAAGAUCUACCUCGAGACAGGCUAAAAAUAACUCAACCGGAAGUCAAAAUGACGAGUCGUCGCAUCGAGAGUGCGGGCCGCUAACACAGGCAGAGUUUAUACCCGAUGUUAGAGUUACCUACCCUGCGUUAGUGGUGGCGGGUGGCGAGUCAGAAACGGAAGAGAGUGACCAGACGUUUCAUAGCAUUUACCGCGAGAAUACGUCACCAAAGGAUGUUUCUAUGAUGGAGCCAGCGAUAACAAGCGCGGCGAAUUCUCUCAUAGACACCAUCUCGUACAACGAAACCCUACUCGCAGCGCAAGCCGGAUGUAGUGAAAUCGCCAAAAGUGACCACUCCGACUCGCUGACCGAUUUCGCAAGCGAUUUGGACUCUGAUGAAUUUCAAACCCGGGUGCAAGAUCUUUCCCGAAAAAGCAUCGAGAAUUUGGAUUUCCAAAGUUUGGAACAAGCGACUGAAGAGCGUUGCACAGGAUCGUUUGAAAGCGUCCGAAACUUGGACCUCACGCGAACAAUUAACGAGGACGAGAGACUGAAACUAGAGGGCGCUGCCGAAGAAUACGUCUUCGUGCUUCCGGAGUUUCCCGAAGUGGAAGAGUUUUCCCCGAAGUUGAUGUUGAAAUCUCCAACAUUUUAUAUACUAGUUCUGCUUCAGUUUGCUAUGGAUUUCGCAUUGGUCACGGUUUCAAAUUUUUAUAAGCUUUUCGGUCAGACCUGGCUGGACGAUGACCACACGCUGGCCAUCCUAGGAACCGUCAUGACCGCUUCUACCAUCCUGCCCAAGCUUUUUCUCGGCGCCUUUCAGGACCGGGUGGGGUUAAAGGGCACGUGGAUCAUCUUGACCUCAGGCACGAGCAUAACAUCCGGGUUUUGGUAUUUCACGCCAUCAGCUAGCAAAUGGCUAUACUUUGUAUGGACAAUCUUCUUCAUGUGGUUUGUCUGCGCCUUCGACAGCUUAGUGGUCGCGGGCGUGGCCGAGACGUACGGCCUCUACAGGUGUAACCUCAAGUACGGCCUUGUUGCCUUGUUCAGCACAGUCCUGCAGCUAUCCUCGCCGCCAUUGAUCAGCCUCGUUUUGGAUGAGUUCAGCUGGCUCGGGUUGUUUCUCUCGUGCAGUGCUCUACAUUUGCUGUGUCUUGUUUUGGUUGUGUUCGUCUUGCCAAAUAGACAGACUUUAGCUGAGCGUCGAGCUUAGGUACAAUAAGUUGUUGGUUAUUGUCGUUUGUGAGUCCUUUAUUUAUUCUUGAAUGAUCAUGCACACCGUUUAUUUUCCUUUCAUGGCUCUAAACUUUAAUUUCAAUUUUAUUGAAAAGCUGUUUUACAAUUUUAAAAAAAAAUGGAAUAUUUUUUUUUUUAAAAUAACC